AUGGAGCGGUCCGCAGGUCGCGUCGCCCUGGUGACGGGCGCCAACUCCGGCAUCGGCGCCGCCACCGCACGGGCGCUGCUCAGGAGGGGGCUCGAGGUCGUCGGCCUCGACAAGAGGAUCGACAGGGUCCAGGCUCGAGAACUGAAGGACGCUCCGGCUGGUCAGACAGCCGAGUGGCGGCACACACUGGACGUCAACGUCCUGGGGCUGUCCGUCUGCACGAGGGAGGCCGUCCAGAGCAUGCUGGACAGGGGAGUCGACGACGGCUUCGUCAUCCACAUAUGCAGGUAG